CCGGGGUCGAGCAGGUAUCGCGAUGCCUCGUCUGGAAGAGGUGGCCAACGUCGCCCUGCGGGUGCCCAGCCUUCUCCUGCUGGACAUGCUGUUCAAGUGUGACGUCGACGGCGUCACGGAGCACAUCAGGGCCAAGAACGAUGACAUGCUGUUCAAGUACAAGUAUGUCAUCUGGAACAUGUACUACCUUGGUCACCUGGUGAAUGUGUGUGUGUUGGUUCUGCCUCUUCGUCACAUCGUAACGCUCUACCUCCACAUACUGGCUGCCCUGCUUCUCUACGUCGGACACCAGAUCUCCAAGGACUACGUGAACGAGGAGGUGCUGAACGGCUACGGGGGGUCGCUGUACCUCGACGCUGCGGCCUUCCAAAGAUUCGUCACCGCACUGACAAGUCUGAUUAUUCUCAACACGUUGUGUGCCUUCCUGAUGAAGACCAGAAAGGUCUGGCUGUUUUCCGCCCACCUGCUCCCCCUGCUGGCCAGACUGUGCGCUGCGCCGCCCGACGCGCUUCUGCUCGUCAGCUCUUCCUCCGUGGCUCUGACCGGCGUGGGCAUGGCUGUCUUCCUCCUCUCCAACCUCUUUGUGCCCUAUCGCCUCGCACGGGCCGCCUACUCUGAGCUGCUACGGAUGGAGGUGGUGGAGCUGUACCGGCUGGUCGCCGUGGCGAUGUCCCUCUGGAACCAGUUUGCGGUGCCGCUGCUGUUCAGCGUCUUCUGGAUGGUUCUGUUCGUCGUGCAGCUGGGGUCCGACGUCAUGGCCGCCCGCGGCACGCUCACGUACCAGGGGGUCCUGUUCCUCCUGCUGUCCAGUGUGUCAGAGUGCUGUGCCACACCCUACUCCCUGCUGGGCCUCGCCUUUGUGGUGUCCUACCUGGCCCUGGGCCUCCUCAACCUCUGCAAGUUCUACCUGGGAGGCUACGCAGCAGUGCUGAAUGAGAACGUCAUGCACAGAGGGGUGACGGAGGGCGUGACCCUGUUCCUGCUGGCGCUCCAGACGGGGCUGCUGGACAUGCAGGCCCUCCAGCGCACCUUCCUCCUCAGCAUCAUCCUCUUCAUCGUGCUCACCUCUACGCUGCAGUCCAUGAUCGAGAUCACCGACCCGGUCAUCCUGGCGCUGGGCGCGUCACGCAACAGGAGCUGGUGGAAACACCUGCGAGGCCUGAGCAUGUGUCUCCUGCUGCUGGUAUUCCCUGGCUUCAUGGCCUAUAAGAUCUCCCAGUUCUUCCACAUGGACUUCUGGCUCCUGAUCCUCGUGUCCAGCUGCAUGCUCACCUCUCUCCAGGUCACCGGCAGCCUGCUGAUCUACUCGCUCUUCAUGGCGGAGCUGUUCUGCCGCGAGCCCAUCGAGAGCCUGGACGAGGUCAUCUACUGGGUGAACGCCGUGAGCCGCGUGCUGGAGUUCGUGGUGGCGCUGUGCGUGGUGGCCUACGGCGCCUGGGAGUCGCUGUUCGGCGAGUGGAGCUGGAUGGGCGCCUCGGUCAUCAUCAUCCACUCCUACUUCAACGUGUGGCUGCGCGCGCAGUCCGGCUGGAAGAGCUUCCUGCUCCGGCAGGAAGCGGCCAAGAAGAUCAACUCCCUGCCGCGGGCCACGUCGGCGCAGCUGCAGCGCCACAACGACGUCUGCUCCAUCUGCUUCCAGGAAAUGAGCUCGGCGGUGAUCACGCUCUGCGGACACUUCUUCCACGGCAACUGCCUGCGCAAGUGGCUCUACGUCCAGGAGACCUGCCCCAUGUGCCACCAGUCGGUCCGGCCCGACGCCACCGCCCAGAGCCCCGCCCCCGAGGGGGAGGGCGACGGGGAAGGGCUAUUCGGGAACCAUGGCAACGAUGGCGGUGCUGCAGAGGAGUUCUACGAGUAUCCUCCGGAGAGGGAGGAGGAGGAGGAGGGAGCUGGCAGCGACGGCGACCUCCCUGCCAACGACUCUUCCCGCGAUGACCUCAACAUGGAGGCCGUCCAAGGCCUGUGCUUCAGCUCCAGUGGGGACUUUGUGGGCUACGCCACUCCAGCUGAUCGCGUGUUCCCGUGGGGGGGACCGGCUCCCGGUGUCCCCCGGGGACGGAGCUCAGGCUGGGGGUGA